AUGGAAGUCCCUGUAGACCCAGCCCUCGCGGCCAACGUAUGCGGCCAGCUGACGGUGUUGAAUGCUCGCCACCGGGCGGCGGAGUGCCUUGUCGCGGACUACGUCGCGUGCCUGCAGCGAUUGCGGGAAGCGCGGGAUCGGAACGUGGAGCUAAUGGGGGAAUUGGAGCGGGCCCGGAGGGAGGCCGCGGAGAGGCGGGGCCAGCUGGAGGGGCUGGCGCGCAGGGCGUUCAGGGCGCAGCAGCUGGAGCAGGUCGAGGCGGUGCUGUCCGAGGUGACCACCGAUAGAGACGGCCUGCGGGAGAAAGUCGUGGACUUGGAGUCCCAGGUCGGUGAAAUGGCCUCGGCCAACGCGGCGGUCAAGGCGCAGAGCGACGAGUACCAGGCGAGGAUCGCCGCCGACGCGAGCGAAAUCAUCGACCUGAGGGUGGCCGUCGCAACUCUGACCGAGAGGCUGGAGCACCAGGAGACGUCGACCUCCGUGGCGGUCGGCGAGUUGGACGCGCAGAGGGCACGCGUCGCGGAGUGCGAGAUGCGGGCGGCCGCCCUGAGCCGAGAGAACGGGGAGCUGCUCCAGCGAAUGCAGGAGAAGGCUGAGCAUGAGAUGCGGAUGCAUCAGGACGUGGUGGACCUGCAGAGAGAGGUGCUGAGCAGGAAGGCAAGCGUGGAGAGAAUGGAGCGGCAGGCGUCGAUCGAGCGGGAGUACGAGGCGUCCAGGUCAGGGAGCUUCAACCUGGGGCCCCUGGCGAACCUGCUGUCGCCCAAGGGGCGGCGCAGACCGGCCUGCGCCGACAGGGACAGGCACAGGCGGCGGAUGUUCGAAGCCGUGGAGGCGCUGGAAGCGGACGCUGGCAGCGCCAAGGCCGUGUCGAUCCUCAGCGACGUCAUCAAGGCGCUGGGCGAAGAGGACGUGAAAGAGAGGGAGAAACCGAAUGAGGACAUAGACUUCGAGAUUGUGCGGCCCGAGGAGUGCCUGCCGUUGGCGGAGGAGGCGGUCGUGCCCAGGACGGCUUUCAGGGGUGUGUCGCACGGGGGUCCCUGCACGUCCCUGGCGUACUCCCCCAAUGGGAUGCUGCUGGCCACGGGGGGCAUGGACAAGGUCGUGGCGACGUGGUACGCCCCCACGCGCCUCCGCCAGAAGAGCCUCCGGGCGUUCGACUCCAUAAUGGACGUGGCCUUCACAAGCAACGGGGAGCACGUCCUGGGUGGAGGGGUGGACAAGUCUGUGCUGGUGUGGCAGACGCUGUCAGGUAGGCAACUGCACACGCUCAGGGGCCACACCAGAGGGGUCAACUGCAUCACCUGCGCCCCCGAUGACCCAGCUCGUGCCAUUUCCAGUGGCGAAGAUAGGUCCAUCAUCCUGUGGGACCUUGCACGUGGACAGCAGCUGACAUCUCUGUGCCCUAACAACCAGGUGUGUGCGGUGUGCUACACCACCAGCAGCGACACGAUCCUCUCUGGCCACAUGGACGGCACCAUCCGCCUGUGGGACCUGCGGGCAUCCAAGAUGGAGCUGGAGCAGACCCAGGUGCACAGUGGCAGGAUUGUCUCUCUACAGCGCCUGGAGUCUCACGCUGCGCUGUCAGCGGGCAAGGACAAUUGCCUUAAAUACUGGGACACAGCGCAGGCCCAGGUGGUGACCGAGUUCUGGCACAGGGACUUCCAGCUGGCGACGGUAGGGGCGAUGGGCAAGUGCAGGUGCACUGUGUGCUGCAGCCCAGAUCAGAGGUACGUCGUGGCUGGGACCACGGCUGGGAGCCUGCUGGUGUGGGACACCAGGGAGGCCUGCGAGGGCAAGCGCACGCAGGUGCUGAAGACUCCCCACCACAAGGAGCCCGUUGUGGGGUGCGCGUGGGGCCGGCAGGGCGACAUGGUGUCGUGUGACAAAGCUGGGGUGGUGGUUUUCUGGAGGGACACGCCUGUGUGA